CCUGACCUCAUCCACCACGACGAAUGGACGACCGACCUUCGCAACCUACGACAAGCGACGGCUACGUGGAAGCUGCCUCCCAACUCCUUGUGCUCGUCUCCGCGCAUCCACCACCAUUCAUCUACGUGCAUGACCCGUCGACGCCGCGAGUCGCGACCUCGACGAUUAACUCAAUGCUUCAUAAUCUCAAGAAGGAGCCGGGCUUGAACGUGGCAUUCGCCCACAUCAACUCUAUUACCUGCUUUACACCGCGCUUGCUCUACGAUACUGUCUUAAAUGCAUUGGCAGGAUGGUCGCCGACGUGGGAAAGGGGAUGCGCGAAUUGGAGCGGGCCGCUCGAGGGUACGGGCCAGAGGUUCAAUGAAAGCUUCGACGGGUUCACUCAUGGACUACGUGCGAUAAAUGACGCGGUAGGACAAGGAAAGGUCGCGGCAGAACCGCGCUUGGUGUUGGUGUUCGAGAACGCUGAGCGGCUAAAGGAGACCAUGCCGGAUAUUUUGGCACCAUUGGCGCGGCUUGCAGAGCUGUCUCGUAUCGUUAUCACCACCAUCUUCGUAUCGGAGGUCCGAUGGGAGCAUAUCCGCCCCUCGUUGGGUGCGGCUCCUGAUCCGUACUACGUCGACAUUCCGCACCCGGAGAAGCACAUGCACAACGGCUUGGACCCUUACACCUAUCAUCCUAUAUUCCGCUCACUUUAUGUGCAUUUUGCUGCGACUGUGCAUGGUGUUUGUGCCGUGUUUACAACGGACCUGGACGACCUUGCGUAUAUUGCCGCAGCAACAUGGCCAGCGUUCAUUCGACCUGUCAUCGACGAAUACCGACGCAUCGAUAUCCUACAGAUCCCUGAAGGGAACACCAUCGAAAAGGAGGUCGAAGACUCACUUGCGUUACCGCCAGAGGAUGCGCGCAUACGUCUCACACGUCUCUUUACACCUUCCAUCACAGCCGCCCUGGAAGCCCUAUACCCUCGGCAUACAAAUGCGGCAGCGUGGGCGACAGCCAAUGUUCCCCCAGCAGAUCUGCUUUUGGUACCACCCCACCAAGUGCCGCCAUUGGUCUCGAGGCCCUCGGAAGAUUAUGACACCGAACGGGUGAUGCGGCAGCUGCCUCGCAUGGCUAAGUUCAUCUUGGUGGCCUCUUAUCUGGCAAGUACGAACCCUUCGAGCACAGACAUGCGAAUGUUUGGCCGCGGUCCGGAUGAGAGAGCGAAGAGACGUCGGAAAGGGGGCAGUCCCAGGAAGACAUCAGCGAAAGCUAGCGCGAUACCACAGCGCCUCCUCGGCCCAAUGCCCUUCCCCCUGGACAGGAUGAUCGCUAUUCUAGGUGUAUUGCUCGAGGAAAACGAUACGGACACGCGACGACCUGCCCCAGAGUACAGCGUACCUGGAGAACACACCGAGGUGGAAAUCUCGAGGACAGCUACCUAUGCCCAGGUCAUGGAACUUGCAUCGAUGCAUCUAUUGCAUCGGACUUCCCCCGCAGAAAGGUUGGAGAUGUCACCGAUGUACAAGAGUGGUAUAGGGUACGAUGCGGCGUUGCUUCUCGCGAAGGAUGUUGGGAUCAAGCUCAAUGACUUGGCCUGGGAUCCCGUAUGAUACUGGGGCGCACUGUGCAACCGUUGUGGUUUAUCCAGCGUAAAUAGAUGGACUGUGCUCGG